AGCCACCAGCCAUCACAGUGUCGUGGGGGAAUGUUUCUGACCACGGGCUGGUUUUGGGCCACAGCUUGAGGACCACAGUUGGGGGACGAGUCAGUGUUCGCCCGGGCGCCAACCUCACUCUGGACUGUCCCGUCACAGAGCCACCAGCCAUCACAGUGUCGUGGGGGAAUGUUUCUGACCACGGGCUGGUUUUGGGCCACAGCUUGAGGACCACAGUUGGGGGACGAGUCAGCGUUCGCCCGGGCGCCAACCUCACUCUGGACUGUCCCGUCACAGGCGUUCCUCAGCCCACAGUGACGUGGAACAGAAAGAACAGACCUCUAGACGCCGGCACAGUUUCUCUGCCGUCCGGCUCUCUGUGGAUCAGAAAUGUUUCCCUGCACAACCAAGGCACCUACUCCUGCAGCGCCACCAACGCCAUCGGAAAGUCCACGGCCUCGACUGUCCUGCAGGUUUACGGUUCAUAUCCUGCCGGAGGAGGCAGGGUGGCUCCAGUCUCACAGGAGCUGAACAGGAGGAGGGUCCUCAUGGCGUCACACCGAGGGACGAGUGUCUUUAUCAAGCCCGGAGACAUUCUGCGAAUAG